AUGACGACCGACGUCCUUCUCGAAACCUCAAUGGGCCCCAUCACCCUCGAGCUGUACACUACGCACGCCCCCAGAACAUGCAACAACUUCGCCACCCUCGUCUCCCGGUCCUACUACGACGCGACGCCCUUCCACCGCAUCAUUCCCAACUUCAUGAUCCAGGGCGGCGACCCCACCGGCACCGGCCGCGGCGGCUCCUCCAUCUACGGCGACAAAUUCGACGACGAGAUCCACCCCGCUCUCAAGCACACGGGCGCCGGGGUGCUGAGCAUGGCCAACGCCGGGCCAAAUACCAACGGAUCCCAGUUUUUCAUUACCCUCGCGCCCACGCCGUGGCUGGACGGGAAGCACACCAUCUUCGGCAGGGUCAAGAAGGGCAUGGCUGUUGUCAAGAGAAUGGGAAUGGUGAGGACUGGGGCGGAGGAUCGGCCGGUCGAGGAGGUCAAGAUUGUCUCGGGGAGGCUGCUGGACAGUGGUGACGACGAGUAG